AUGACUCAAGACAUAAAGCUUGCAGAUUAUCUGUUCACCCGGCUGCGCCAGCUGGGCGUCGAUUCCAUGUUCGGCGUUCCUGGUGACUACAACCUCCGAUUACUGGACUUUGUCGGCCCUGCCGGCCUCCAUUGGGUUGGCAACUGCAAUGAACUCAAUGCUGCCUACGCAGCAGACGGAUAUGGUCGAAUCAAAGGCCUCUCCGCACUGAUUACCACAUACGGUGUUGGCGAGCUGUCCGCCCUCAACGGUAUUGCCGGCGCGUAUGCCGAGAACACGCCCGUGGUGCACAUUGUCGGGACACCCCCACGGCCGCUCCAGAGCUCGCGGGCAUUCAUGCACCACACAUUCUCCGACGGCGAUUACCGUCGCUUUGCAAACAUGUCGAUACAUAUUACCGCAGCUCAGGCUCGACUGGAAGAUGCCACCACCGCACCGGAAAGAAUCGACCAUGUCCUCCGCCAGGCAUUGAUUCACAGCCGUCCAGUCUAUCUCGAGGUCCCAGACGAUAUGCCCGAUGUGCUUGUCUCGGCGGCAAACCUGAAGACUGAGAUCCGCAUCCCCGAGCCACCAAGCUCCACCCUCGAGCCGCAGGUGCUGGCCCGCAUCUUGGAGCGAUUGUACAGCGCCAAGCGUCCAUUCAUCCUGGUCGAUGGGGAAAGUACAGCUCUCGGCAUCGUCGAGCAGCUUGAUUCCCUAAUCAAAGCAACCAACUGGCCAACCUGGACUACUGUCUACGGCAAGGGCCUGGUCGACGAACAGCUACCGAAUGCCUACGGACUAUACGCGGCCGCCUUCGGCGACAAGCCCGCACAGGAGUACUUCGCUGAAGCAGACCUGGUCCUAUCCUUCGGCCCACACAACAGCGACACCAACACCUACUUCUACACAACGGUCCCCAAGACUGCAGUGGCAAUUACUUUCUCCGGCAGCACCGUCCAAAUCGACAACGACACCUACCGCGAUCUAUCCGCCCACAAGAUCCUCUCAACCCUCCUCAAUGACCUCGACACCACCCGUCUCGUCAACGCCCCCGCACCCCCAAAACAAGAAACAACCCUAUCCGACAUCCAGGACACCGACGCCCUGGCCCAAACCAACUUCUACCGCCUCGUCAACCCCCUCUUCCGCGAAGGCGACAUAAUCCUCACAGAAACCGGCACCGCCGCCCACGGCGCCGCCUUUUUCGGCGCCGUAACCUGGCUCUCCAUUGGCUUCAUGCUGCCCGCAACGCUGGGCACCGCUCUGGCUCAGCGCGAGCUAAACAAAGACACAGCCAGCAAGGCGCAGACUGUGCUGUUCAUCGGCGACGGCAGUCUGCAGAUGACGGCGCAGGAGAUCAGCGUGAUGAUUCGCGAGAAGCUGAAUAUCGUUAUCUUCAUCAUUAAUAAUGAUGGGUACACUAUCGAGCGGGUUAUUCAUGGUCGCAAGCAGGUUUACAAUGAUGUGCCGUUCUGGAGACAUGCGCAGGCGCUGAACUAUUUCGGUGCUGAUGAGGAGCAUGCCAAACAGAAUACGUUUACGGCUAGGACUUGUGGGGAGUUGAGGGAGGUUUUGGAUAAUGGGAAGAUUCGGAAUGGGGAGGGGGUUAGGCUUGUUGAGGUGUUUAUGGAUAGGGAGGAUGUACAGGGGGCUUUGCUGUAUCUGUUGAAUAAACAGCUGGCGCAGGAAAAGGAGGAGGCUGAGGCGAAAUGA